UUUUUUUAUCUUUCAGGUACACGUGUUCCAGCCAUGGAUGGAUGGAGGAACCACAGUUUUUUGAGUGGUUUUCCUCAGUUUUCAUACCUCAUGUACAAUCAAUUCGAGUUUCUAAUAAUUUACCCAAUCAAGCUGCCGUGCUGUUUUUUGACGGACAUUCUAGUCACAUUAGUGUGAGAAUAAUUAAAGCUGCGUUAGAAAAUAAUUUGCACUUGGUGAAAUUUCUUAGCCACUUGACUGACAAAAUACAGCCUCUUGACAAGUGCGUAUUUGGCCCUAUUAAAAAAUUAUGGGAAAAAAAACUUAUUGACUUCCCAAGAGAGCAACUUCAAAACAGACAGUCAGGCCGUUUGACAAAGAGAUUAUUUACUGAAUUGUUAGGCGAAGUGUGGUCUCAAGGAAUGAAACCUACUAACAUUGUAAGAGGCUUCGAAACAACUGGCCUCUUUCCUAUCAAUGCCAAACGAUUUCCAGAGUCGGAAUUUGAUCCAAUUGCCCUCAAAAGAUUUAAAGAAACACAAAACAAAACUACUAAUCUAUCAAUAACAGAAAACGCAGAUAGCAAUAGUUCACAUAAUGAAGAACCUAAUUUGCAAAUUCUGAAAUUUCCUGCGCAUGUGAACCUCUACCUAAAAAUUCUCAAGAGAUGUCUAUUCUUAAUUCGAAUCCUGACAAAUUAGAAGUUGUAACAGAUGUGCCACCUAUUGCACAUUCGACACCCAUUAAACGUGUAACUACGAGUACAUGCACCAAUAAAGUGACUCCCAACACAAUAAUUGGUAUUUUUGCUGAGCACAGUAAUAAUCGCUGCAUUGACCAAGCAAGAGUUGAAAAUGUGAAAAAACUUAUUCCAAGACUGAAACCACAGAAGUAUGGCGAAAUUUUGACCAAUCAAGAAGUAUUGGACAAACUCGAAGCUACUCAAAACUUAACAAAUCAAAAGAAAAAGACCAAUAGAAAGCAAAAAGAUGAACCUGAGAAAAAAUCAUAUGGUGGUAAGAAAAGAAAGAUUGUUCAUAACAUUGUAGAAGAAGAAGUAAUUGACGAAUCUACUUUAUGCCAAGAUGACUCUUCUGAUGAUCUGUUGGAAUCAAUCCUUGGUGAAGCAACAAACGAAGUUGAAUAUCAUGAUCCAGUUUGGAAUGAACUAAAACCGGGCUUAUUUGUCUUAGUAGACUUUACUGGGGGGCUGAGAAAUAAAGUCCAUUGUAAGUAUGUCUGCUGUAUCCAAAACAUCCAUCAAGAUGGAGAAGAUGCAGAUGUUGUGGUGCAAGGAUUUGAGAGGUUCAAUGCUACUUCAACAGAGUUUGUAGAGAAGCCAAAUGAUAUUAGCACAAUAACAUUUGAAAUGAUUAAAGCAAUUUUAUCCGAACAUUAAAUAUCGUGAGAGAAAAAUUGUUUACGUUUUUCCGGGCUCAGUAGUGGUUUCUUAAAAGUAAAACUGUAAUGGAGAAGUGUUAAGUUAACUGUUUACCAACCUAUACUUUCUUAUUUUUAUUUUGUUUGUACCAAGCCUGUUAAAUGCUCGGUUAAAUGUUCUUUACCUUAUAAAAAGUAUUUUUUUAAUUCUAUUUCGGGGUAAAUGUAAAUACCCUUCUAAAUAAAAUAAUAAAAUUAUAAAAUCGUACAUAUUUCGAUUUGUUUUCAUUUCCCCCUUAUUAGUCCACUGUGAUUUGAAUAUUUCAGGAAAACUUUGUUUACAUAUACCCCUUUGAGCUGGGUAAAUGUAAAUAUGUAGGGGUAAAUGUAAAUGAUGAAAAACAAUAAAAGUUACUUUCCUAAUGAUGGUUUGUCUCUGGAAGUUAACAGGUAAAGUACUAAGCAACAUCACUUCCAAAUCUCAUAAAGUUUAAAAAAUAAGAAGUUAUGGAUUUUUAGUUUUAAAGUUAAAACUGUUAAAAUCAUUUACAAUUACCCCACUUGACCCUA